AUGGCCAUGCUCGCAGUUGCUACCGCAGUAUUCAUUUAUUACACCGUGUGGGUUUUUGUAUUACCAUUCGUUGAUGAAAGCAAUAUCCUUAAUUCUUUGUUUUUGCCAAGAGACUAUGCAAUAAAACUUCCUUUUUUUCUCUUGCUUAUUGCGGGUUUGGGAGUUGGAUCUUUUAUUGGAAGCGUCUUAAUCAAAAGUUCUCAGAAAGAAAAGGCAAAAAAGAAGAAGUCCAAUUAG